AAACCGCCUCAUAUCCAACGCAGAAUUAUUGCUCGGUGUACGAAGCACUAUAUAAAUCGGUUAUGUGGUUCGCCUUGCAUUCAUGCCCAACGACCCAACCAGCGUCAUCGACAAUAAUGUGCCAACGCACCGUAAACCAUCGCAUGACCGAACCGAGCGACCUAAGCAGCCUCUAUAUUCUCACGAGUAGAAAACAAACUCCAGCUCAAACACGGCCUUCUUUACCUCAGCCCUUUCAAUGUAAACCCAAGCCUCACCUAGAUGGUUCUAAUGGCAACCUCUUCACUCCCUGGCCUUCAAACCUUUGUAGCGCAAAUCGGGCUCGAUCCACUCCCGACUUUUGCAACAGCAGAUGCUUUGAAUAAUCCUAUUGAUAUCUACCAUUCAUAUCUCGCAGAGCGCUUGCAGACGCUUGUCGAGUGCGACCCAGAUGUCGUCUACCAUUCUAUUCAACUUUCAAAGACAAUUGAAGAUGGAGACUUAGAUAUCGUUUUGCCGAAGCUAAAACUAGCUGGCGUAAAGCCCAAAGAGCUCGCAGGCGAGCUUCUCAAAAAAUUUCUACCUCAUCCCCUCUUUGCUGCCCCUUUCAAAGAUGGCGUCCACAUUCGAGUCCUUUUCUCCACCAAAAAUACUCCGCGACUCCUUCUCCCCUAUGUCAACGACCGGAAGGCCACUUAUGGCAACUUUCCAGCUCUUGGACUACAAGACCAAGCCGAAUCUAAAAGUAAAAAGGUCAUCGUCGAGUUCGCACGGCCGAAUAUUGCAAGGGAGUUCACCAUAGACCACUUGAGAAGCUCGAUCCUUGGUGCUUAUGUAUCCAACAUACAUGAAGCAAUGGGCUAUUCUGUGGUUAGGGUUAACUACUUAGGAGAUUGGGGAAAGAAUCUCGGUCUGCUCGGAGUGGGCUGGCAGAAGCAUGGCUCGGAAGAGAUUGUCAAUGAGCAGACAGAUCUGUUUAGAUAUAUACACGACUUGUAUGCUAAGAUGGAAGAGGAGCUUCAGCCAGAGCAGGAUGCGAGAAAGAAGGCUCGACAAGAUGGCCAGGAUACAUCGGUUCUUGAAAGCCAGGGCCUAUUCGCAGAACGGGACGCGACCUUUAAGCAAAUGGAAGACGGCGAGCCAGCAGCGAUGGCCUUGUGCGAGAAGCUCCGAGCUAUCACUAUCGAGUAUUACAUCGAGACCUAUGCAAAACUCAAUAUCAAGUUUGAUGAAUAUUCUGGCGAAUCCCGAGUUAGUCUUGAUUCAGAAGCAAUUGCCCAGGUCGAGUCGAUGUUGAAAAAGAAUGAUGUUUGGGAAGAGAAGGAUGGGGCAUGGGUUAUUGACUUCGACAAGCACGGUGCGAAGCUAGGUACUGCAGCCAUUCGAGAUAGAAACGGCUCCACGACGUACCUGCUCAGAGACAUUGCGACAGUCUUCGACCGACUCAAAACCCACGAGUUCGACAAGAUGGUAUACGUUGUUUGCGAACAAGACGUGCAUUUUCGACAAGUUUUCAAAGCCGUUGAGAUCAUGGGUCGUGGAGAUGUCGCGAACAAGCUGCAACAUGUCACCUUUACCAGAGCUAAUAGUCCUGUAGCUCAACCUGGAAGUACCCAACUGCUAGGUGACAUCCUCGAUCAAUGCGAAAAUCAUAUGCGUGAUGCAAUGACUGCGAACCCGGAUGAGUAUCAGAUUGAAGAUCACGAUGCAGUUGCAAAAGCGAUGGCAAUAAAUUCCCUAGUUCUCCAUCAGCUCUCUCUGAAGAAGGGCGACAGCAACGAUCUUGACUUCAAUCUCCUUACCUCUCCAACAGGCGAGACAGGCACAAAUCUACAACUGUGCUAUGCAAAGCUCUGCUCUGAAAUUGCCAGCGUUGGGCCGUACCCAGGUCCAGAUGAAAUUCCCGAUCUCGACUACACCUCACUCUCGCAACCCCCUUAUUCUGAUGUACUCCGACUGAUAGCCAGGUAUCCAGUCGCGACCCAAUUCGCUUUCGAAAAAUUGGACCCGGGCAUAAUUAUUCUUUAUAUGUUCCUAGUUAUCGAUGAGCUAAGUGCUUGUCUUGCUAUUGAUGAGUUUGAGAGAGUUGAGGGUGAGGGGGAAAGCUCCUCUGCUGGGUUGAAGCAUCUAGCUCGAGUGGUUAUGUAUGAAAACAUUCGACAGGUGUUGGAAAAUGGUUUGAAGCUGCUUGGGAUUACUCCUAUUAGUCCAUGA